UCUACGAGAUCCCUGGGUUCUCAUUUCGCACCACCAUGUUGCUAGUUGCCGUUGGAUUCAUCCUUAUCCUUCUCAUCGUCUUCCUCAUUGUCAUAGUUGUUUACAUGCAGACCACUUGAGGAAUGCCAUGAAGGAACGGGAAAAAUUUGGAGAAAUUUGCCCCCCGAAUUUCAGAGGAGAGAAGUUUAAAGAGUUUUAGAGAUACGCCAUCUAUCUUUACGGCUGGACCAUACUCACCUGGGUGCUUUUGUAUUAAACUCUUUUCUUUUUCUCCUCUCUCAGAAAGAACUUCCGACGAACUCCCAUUUUUGAAGAGUGGUGCGUUUAAUUUUCAGUGUCAAAGACCUUAACCGAAAAUUGAGAGCACCACUGCCGUUGCGACUCUUCAACCAUUGGAUGAGGAUGGUGCAAAAUGUGACCGAACUUUCGUAAGCAGCGAAGGCUCGAAGAAUGGCACUUUCAGCGCCCCUUUUAUGAUCAACCACCAAAACUAUUCGAGGCAGUGCAUUUACACCUUCAUUGCGACCGAAGAUGAAAGAGUGCAGAUCACAUUCACACAUUUUGCUCUCAGAGGUGCCAAACCUAUGUGUAACCACGAAUACAUCGACUUGUAUAUGGAGAUCGAAGAUCCGUCUGUGGAGCUGAUACGGACUCCCUUUGGAGGUCGUAUCUGUGGCAGAAAUAUCCCCGUCUCCCGUAUAUCCAUGUACGAAACACUCGUCCUGGCCUUUUACACAGAUAGAACUCGAGUGACACCUCAGUUAUUCGGAGGCACCUAUGAGUUUAUAGAUGCAGCGCAGUACGUUAUGGGCACACCAACACCCAAUACUGUGUGCAGCUAUACAGUGUAUAGUGAUCAGAAGAGAGAAGGUGAUAUGAUGUCUCCAACCUAUCCUGGUGUAUACCCCAAAAACCUCCGCUGCAGUUAUAAUUUUUUCGGGAAGCGAGGCCAAAGACUCAGGCUGGAAUUUAUGGAUUUUGAUCUCCUCUACGGAGGUCCACACUGUCCCUUCGAUUUUGUAAAAAUAUACGAUGGUGAAUCCGAAGAAUAUCCCCUCAUCAACACGUAUUGCGGGCAGCAGCGGAAUUUAGUUGUGUUUUCUUCCUCCGAAAAUCUCUAUGUGAAAUUCGUGACCCUUCAAAGAAAUGCAGAUAAUUCUAAUAGAGGAUUUAAAGCAGCAUAUGAAUUCAGUGAAAGAUUUGUUAGCUUAGAUUUUAUCAGCAAGACGGACGGAGAGCACAUUCGAGGAACACAGUGUGACCAGAAAAUCCUUAGUAAACGAGGUUCCAGUGGAUUGGUCUGCUCUCCAAAUUACCCUUAUCCUUACCACCCCGAUGUUAUUUGUCGCUAUUACAUAUAUGGGAUGCAAGACGCUCAGAGACUGGAAAGAGUUCGGCUGAAGUUUGAAAAGUUUGAAAUACCAUCGACUACCCCGACCUGCACAGAAGGAUUUCUCAGAAUUUAUUUGCAAGGACAAGAGGAGCGUUAUGCUUUAGAUGAAUUCGACCAUAAUUUGUGCGGCCAAGAUUUACCGCCGAGCUUAAAAUCAGAAGGACCUCGACUGGUGAUGAUUUUUAAAAGUGGCUCGACACAAGGGCAAGGAUUCAAGGCCCAAUAUCACUUCGAAGCAGAUUACCAAGUGCCUGGUACUGCGUCUCCGAACGGAUCAUGCCAAUUCUUCUAUCGCAGUGAAAGUCAAAAAUUCGGGGAUUUCAACUCACCCCACUAUCCGGCCAAUUACCCAUCUUCGAUACAGUGCGAAUAUUAUUUCCUUGGUCUCCAAGGAGAGCAAGUCAACUUGGUCUUCAAUUACUUCAAGACCAAAAUGGACGUAGAAGCUUAUGGAUACAAUGAGAUCUGUCAGGAGGAUUGGCUCGAAAUUUACGAAGUGUGGCCAUCGGGACGCGAACGCAAACUGGGUCGGUACUGUGGUCGAACCGCUCCGGGACCGAUUAUGUCUGCUCUUGGCGUGGACACUGUGAAGGUCCUCCUUCACACGGACGACAAGAAUGUGGCUUCAGGAUUUACGGCCACCUACGAAUUCUUCCCUGCAGAUACGCGAUACGUUGAUUGUGGUCGCAAUAUCUCUGAGCUUACUGAGGGUGUUCUCCUGAGUCCUGGGUUCCCCGGUUCAUAUUCGCCGAGUCUCCAAGUUUGUAAUUGGUUCAUCACCGUCCGACCCCACCACAGAAUCCUCCUCUCCUUUGUUUUCUUUCAAAUCGAAGGGGAUCCAGAGCGUCGCGGAUGUCCAGGUGCUGUUGUCAGAGUUUAUCCAGAAUUGAGUGAACCUCCGAUGGAGCUGUGCGGUGAAUCUUUAGCCAAUCACAGCAGGGAGAUCUUAUCAUCCAGUAACAUCAUGAAAAUAUCAUUUGUGACAGCGGAUAAGGCGGUAGGGGCUAAAGGUUUCCAAGCCACGUGGACGGAAAUAAAAGAAGGAACGAAAUGCGAUCAAUUUCAGUGCAGUACGAGUAAAUAUUGCGUAGCCGAGAGUGCCAAAUGUAACUCACUACCAAAUUGUGGUCUCGACGACUAUUCGGAUGAGGUAGAUUGUCUUGCAAUUCAUGGUAUCGACAUCCAUUUAAUUAUCGGGCUAUCAUUUGGUGGGGCAAUUAUAACUGUUAUCACCAUGUGCGCUAUCUUCCACCGCAAAUGCAAGCGACGGCGGACUCCAUCUGAUACCCAACACCAUAGAAAUCAGCCAAAGAUGGCUGCCACACCGCACAUCGCAAUACAGGACCAUGUCUGAAGCACACGACGUCAUCUGCCCACACUUGAAUGCGAAUUCGUCGCAAGGCGAAUCUUCUCGUGCAGCUAAGUUGAGAUAGUCCUUCUCGAAGUGUAUUGGCUAUAAGAUAGAUUCACUUGUAAAAGGUGAAGGACCAUUGGUCGGAUAUCCUUAGGAGCUGUUCUCUCCGUAAAUCUUCAGUUUUCACCAACGAGGAAUGGUAAAGUGAUUUUUAAAGGGACGUCCACUGACUGUAUACAGGUUACUGGUGAGACUGGAUAAAGAUAAAAAUAGGGUUGUUGUCUGUAAAUUCUAUUUUAUAUGAUUGCAUAUUUGAAAAAAAAAUACAUAUUAGAGUUCCGUUUUUAGACUAUCUCUGAAAAGAGAAUUGUUGCGAGUCAAAAUAAUGUGUCCUAAUCAUCAUAUAUUUGUCAUUUUGAUACUGUAAAAAAAGUGGUUUGCUAUUAACGUACAAAUCGACGUGGUCUUAAAAUCGAACGGAAAAUGUAACAAUUCCUCACCUUGCAAUUCCUACUUGGCUUUAUCGAAUUUGUAUUCGUCUUGUUGAUGUGGUUAUACAAAUUUUAUUAUAUAAGAAUUAAUAAGAUUAAUUCAGCCAAAUAUUAUAUUAAUGCUGAUAAAAAUGCAUUUUUAAAAAGGCUUAUAGCAUAUGAGCUGUGUUUAAAUGAAGAAAAUCUAUGUCUUCUUUUUGAAAAUGAGUUUAUGUAGGCAAAAAGAUAUUUAGAUCAAAUUAAGGCAGCAGAAAAAUUAUUUUAGUUUACAGACGAAUCAAAAAAUCUUGUCUUAUAAGUUUAACACAAAAAAAAAAAUAUUUUAUAUAAUGUUUUUUUUUAAGUUAUGAUUUAAAGUGUUAUUUUUAAAAUAUUACCGUAUGCAUCAAAAUUCUGCCAAUGCAAUAAUAUUUCUUCACUUAAAAAAAUAUGCAGGAAACUUAAUAAAAGAAAACUGAGUACUUAGGUCUGAAGCCUUUUAAAUGCAGACAAGAAAAGUUAUUAUUAAAAUCAUUUCAAUGAAUUGAAAACUACAUGAAUCUUUAAAAAAACAACACUACUAUAAAUUUAUUUAAGGCCUUGCCUUUCCUAAAGAGAAACAUUAAAAAAAUAAAACAUAAAUUUGAAAAAUCUGAUCUACAGUUAAAAACUUUUUAACUGUAACUACAUAACCAUGAUUGCAAUUAUCGACCGAAAAACUGGAAACAAGAGAUUUAAAAUAAUUUUUAAAUAAUACCAUUUGGGAUUUUGAAAAUUUAUC